UGAAUAAUGAAAUGCCGGCAGUGAGUUCUUUAACCGACUGGACACGCAACCAUUUUGUAAUUCAUCUCUGUAAAACUGACCAGUUAAACGUUUCUGGUAUUUCCAUGAACGUAAAAGCUUAUUUCUCAUUUGAAUUGUAAUAUGCCUGAAAAUAAUCAAUAUUCUAAAGUGUUGUGUUUUCCUGAAAUGCAAAAGAACAAGGAUGACAUUUCAACUCAGAGACAUCUAGCGGUGACUUCCAGUGAAGAAGCGGCGAGUGUAAUUCCAUUGCUUUCACCAGAUGAUAGUAUAAAUCAAAAUGAGAAAAAGGAGAAAGAAGAAAAACCUAAAGAUGAAUUUCCACCUGUAGCAUUUUUUUCAUUAUUUAAGUAUUCUUCUGCCUGUGAUAAAUUGCUGAUGAUCAUUGCCUGUAUCAUAGCUAUAGCUUCUGGUUGCUCAAUGCCAGGAAUUAUGAUUAUAUUUGGAAAAGUCAUCCAGAAAAUGAUAACCUACGACAUGACUGUUAACAAUGUUUCAGCUUCCAAUAUGACUAGAGAAGAUUUUUUAGAAAGUGCAACAAUGCUGUGUAUUUAUAAUGCAGCUUUUGGAGGAGUAAUGUUGAUUUGCAAUUACAUAUUUGUAUGCUUCUUUAACACGGCAGCAGCUAGUCAAGCAUUCAGAAUCCGCUGUUUAUUUAUGUCUUCAGUGUUGAAACAGGACAUCGGAUGGUAUGAUACGCAUGAAACUGGAGAUUUCGCUAGCCGUAUAACUGGGGAUUUAACCAGAAUACAAGAUGGCAUGGGGGAAAAAGUCGGCAUAUGCCUCAGCUUUUUAUCUUCUACCUUUUUAUGUGUUGGCGUAGGUCUAUAUUAUGGAUGGAAGCUUGGAUUGGUAAUUCUUGCCAUAACACCUGUAACAGCAAUAGCUAUGGCUGUCAUGGCUAAGAUACAAGCAAACGUUUCUAGAGAAGAAAUGCAGGCCUAUGGUGCAGCAGGUGCGGUGGCAGAAGAAGUAUUAUCAUCUAUUCGAACAGUUUCUGCGUUUGGAGGAGAGAUCAAAGAAAUUCAGAGGUAUGAAAACCGCUUACUUCCUGCUAUGCGAAAAGGUAUCAAAAGAGGACUGUGGACUGCUCUGGGAGCAAGCAUAACUUGGUUUUCAAUAUUUGCAGGAUAUGCUCUUGCUUUUUGGUAUGGCGUUCAGCUUAUUAUUGAAGGUUAUGGUCAAGUAGACCCCGAAUAUGAUGGAGGAGUUUUAAUUAUUGUAUUUUUCAAUGUUAUGUCGGCGUCGAUGUUUAUUGGACAAACAUCUCCAUAUUUUGAAGCGUUUGCUCUAGCGAAAGGUGCUGCAGCUAAAAUAUUUCACAUUAUUGAAAGGAAACCAGUUAUUGAUAGCAGCUCUGAGGAAGGAUUAAGACCAGGAUCUUUGAGAGGUGUCAUAACUCUUAGGGAUGUAAACUUCAAUUAUCCAGCUAGGAAAGAUGUGGCAGUAUUAAAAAAUAUGUCACUGGAUGUUGCUCCGGGAGAGACUGUAGCACUAGUUGGAUCAAGUGGAUGCGGAAAAAGCACCAUCAUUCAACUUGUUCUAAGAUUUUACGAUACUGAUUCAGGAAGUGUUGAGCUUGAUGGCACAGAUGUCAAAGAUUUGAACGUUGGUUGGUUAAGAGACCAUAUAGGUCUCGUUGGGCAAGAGCCUGUACUAUUUUCAACAACAAUUUUAGAAAAUAUUAAAUAUGGUAAACUAGACGCAACACAAGAAGAAAUUGAGACUGCUGCUAAAAUUGCUAAUGCGCAUAACUUCAUUGAUGCCUUACCAUUAAAAUACAAUACUCUUGUGGGAGAACGUGGAACUCAGCUGAGUGGCGGUCAGAAACAGAGAAUUGCUAUUGCACGUGCCUUAAUUAAAAAUCCUAAAAUAUUAUUAUUAGAUGAAGCAACUUCAGCGUUGGAUACUGAAAGUGAAGCUGUAGUUCAAGCAGCUCUAGAUCAGGCUCGCAAAGGUAGAACAACAAUUGUUGUUGCACACAGGCUUUCAACGAUUAGAACAGCAGAUAAAAUUGUUGCUUUAUCAGAAGGAAAUGUAAAAGAGACUGGUACACAUGACGAAUUAAUGAAAAGAAAAGGUCUUUAUUAUGAUUUAGUUGUUACACAGACUAGUAAUGCAGAAGAGGAAGAAGAAGAGGAUGACGAUCUACCGCUCAUUGAAGACAGAGCCCGUGCUUUAAGUAUAUCAUCAGAUACUAGCCUUCAAAGACGUCUUUCUUCGGCCAGCAUUCCAAGACCAGGCAUGCAUCGACAAAUAUCAAGUGGCAUUGAUCGCCAAAUAUCAGUAGUAAGUGGAUAUGGUCGCCAAAUUUCUGCCUACAGUGCUGAAAAAGAAGGAUCAGUGAAAGCUCAGGACGAGGAGGAAGAGGAGAAAGCUGAUCCACCCAAAACUAGAUUAUUACAAGUUUCAGCACCCGAAUGGCCUUUUGCUGUCAUUGGAGGACUGGCUGCAAUGUGCAUGGGCUUGCAUAUGCCUGCUUUUGGUAUCAUAUUUGGAUCUAUUUUGGGGGUUUUAGCUAAACCACCUGAUCAAAUUACUGAUGAAACUAACUUUUGGUGUCUCAUCUUUGUAGUAUUAGGAAUUACAUCUUUUAUCUGCACUUUUCUACAGAUGUUUAUGUUUUCUGUUGCUGGCGAAAAACUAACUUCAAGGUUAAGAAAAAUGGUGUUUGCCAACAUAAUUACUCAGGAUAUGAGUUUCUUCGACAAUUCUAAAAACAGUGUUGGUGCUCUUUGUUCUCGCCUGACUUCAGAUGCUUCACAAGUUCAAGGGGCCACCGGUGCAAGAAUGUCAACCUUAUUUCAAGCUCUUUCAACUUUUGUAUUUGGAAUAAUUCUGGCGAUGUGGUAUGAUGCAAGACUUGGUGGUCUUACAUUGGCUUUCAUGCCGUUCGUUCUCUUGGGUGCUUAUUUUGAAGGAAUAGUUGUGUCUGGACAAUCAACAAGUGAAAAGGCUGGAACAGAGGCCGCAUCAAAGGUAGCAAUAGAAGCAAUAGAAAGCAUUCGCACUGUUGCAUCUCUGCAUCAAGAAGAAAAUUUCUACCGCCAGUUCUGCAAUGCUCUUUUGAUACCUCUCAAAAAUUCUCGGAAAAUGGCGCAUAUUAGAGGAUUUAUUUAUGGUUUUGCCCAAGCACUGAAUCCUUUUUCGUAUGCUGCUGUUCUGUAUUAUGGAUCGAUACUAGUUGCUGACAAAGAGCUGAAAUAUGAAAACCUCUUAAUGGUCCUUCAAGGAGCUUUAAUUGGAAUGACGAUGGUUGGACAAGCUUUCGCGAUUGCUCCUGACUACAAUAACGCUAAACUGGCCGCUGUUAGAAUAUUUAAAAUCCUUGAUGGAGUUCCUAGUAUAGAUCCUCUGUCUCCACAGGGAAAAAUUCUGAAUGAAGUUAGAGGCUACGUAGAUUUUCAAAAAGUGUACUUCAACUAUCCAAGUCGACCUGAUGUAAAAAUUUUGAGAGGUUUAAAUUUAGCCAUAGAGCCAGGAAAGACUGUGGCUCUAGUGGGAAGUAGUGGAUGCGGUAAAAGUACUUGUGUACAGCUGAUAGAACGUUUUUACGAUCCUUUGCAGGGCAAUGUUCAACUUGACGGCAUUGAUGUUAAAGAUCUAAACGUUGGCUGGUUAAGAGAUCAUAUAGGUCUUGUUGGACAAGAACCGGUUCUGUUUUCGACCACAAUUUUAGAAAAUAUUAAAUAUGGUAAAUUAGAUGCAACUCAAGAAGAAGUUGAAGCUGCUUCAAAGAUUGCUAAUGCUCAUAGCUUCAUUGAUGCAUUACCAUUGAAAUACAAUACUCUGGUUGGAGAACGUGGAACUCAGCUGAGUGGAGGUCAGAAACAAAGAAUUGCUAUAGCUCGUGCCUUGAUUAAAAAUCCUAAAAUACUGUUACUUGAUGAAGCCACUUCAGCGUUAGAUACUGAAAGUGAAGCUAUUGUUCAAGCUGCUCUCGAUCAGGCACGGAAAGGUCGAACAACGAUUAUCGUCGCACAUAGGCUUUCUACGAUUAGAACUGCGGAUAAAAUAGUUGUUUUAUCUGAAGGAAAGGUAAAAGAAAGUGGGACGCAUGACGGACUAAUGGAAAGAAAGGGUCUUUAUUAUGAUUUAGUUGUUACACAGACUAAUACUACUGAAGAAGAAGAAGAAGGGAAUGAUGAUGAAUUACCACUUAUAGAAGACGGAACCCGUACUUUAAGCAUAUCAUCAGACAUUAGCUCACAAAGGUGUCUUUCUUCAGUAAGCAUCCCUAAAUCAACACCUCAUCGUCGAAAAUUAAGCGGCAAAGAUCGUCGAAUAUCUGUAAUUAGUAUACAUGGUCACCAAAUUCCUCCUUAUGGUGCUGUAAACAAAGUCUCAGAGAAGGAAGAGGAUGAAGAAGAAGAUGAAAAGGCCUCCCCAUCAAAAUUUCGAUUAUUAAAAGUUUCGGCACCUGAAUGGCCGUAUAUACUAGUUGGAGGAAUUGCUGCCAUGUGCAUGGGCUUACACAUGCCCGCUUUCGGUAUCAUAUUUGGAUCAAUCUUAGGGGUUUUAGCUAAACCACCUGAUGAAAUUACUGGAGAAACUAACUAUUGGUGUCUCAUCUUUUUGCUUUUGGCAUUUACAUCUUUCACCAGUACGUUCCUGCAGGUAUUCAUGUUUUCUGUUGCUGGAGAAAAACUGACUUCAAGGUUAAGAAAAAUGGUGUUCGCCAACAUAAUUUCACAGGAUAUGAGUUAUUUCGACAGUACUAAAAACAGUGUUGGGGCUCUUUGUUCUCGUUUGACUUCAGAUGCUUCACAAGUUCAAGGGGCCACAGGUGCAAGAAUGUCAACAUUAUUUCAAGCUUUUUCAACAUUUUUGUGUGGCAUAGUUCUAGCAAUGUGGUAUGAUCAGAGACUUGGGGCUCUUACUCUUGCUUUCAUUCCAUUCGUACUUUUAGGUACCUAUUUUGAAUCCAUAGUUGUAUCCGGCCAAUCAACAAGUGAAAAGGCUGGAACAGAGACUGCAUCUAAGGUAGCAAUCGAAGCAAUCGAAAGUAUACGCACUGUCGCUUCUUUGCAUCAAGAAAAGAAAUUCUAUCAACAGUUCUACUCAGCUCUUCUGAAGCCCUUUAAGAAUUCUCAGAAAAUGGCACACAUUAGAGGUCUUAUUUAUGGAUUUGCCCAAGGAACAAAUAUAUUUUCUUAUGCUGCAGUUUUGUACUAUGGAUCAGUACUAGUAGCUGAUAAAGAGAUCAAAUAUGAAAAUUUAUUAAAGGUUCUUCAAGGAGUUUUAAUUGCGAUGAUGUAUGUUGGACAAGCUAUUGCAAUCGCCCCAGACUACAAUAAAGCUAAACUGGCAGCGGUUAGAAUUUUUAAUCUUCUCGAUGUAGUUCCUAGUAUAGAUCCCCUGUCUCAACAAGGCAAAAAAUUGAUGCUUGACGAAGAAAACGUUUCAGAUUUGCAAGUGGCUAACCUCCGAUCUCACAUCGGUCUUGUAUCACAAGAACCUGUCUUAUUCAGUUACAGUCUAGCUGAAAACAUUGCAUACGGAGACAAUUCUAGAACAGUUAAAAUGCAAGAAAUUAUCGAAGCAGCACGUCAAGCCAAUAUACAUACCUUCAUUUCUUCAUUACCUCAGGUAGCAAUCGAAGCAAUAGAAAGUAUACGUACUGUCGCCUCUUUACAUCAAGAAAAGAAAUUCUAUCAACAGUUCUACUCAGCUCUUCUGAAGCCCUUUAAGAAUUCUCAGAAAAUGGCACACAUUAGAGGUCUUAUUUAUGGAUUUGCCCAAGGAACAAAUAUAUUUUCUUAUGCUGCAGUCUUGUACUAUGGAUCAGUACUAGUAGCUGAUAAAGAGAUCAAAUAUGAAAAUUUAUUAAAGGUUCUUCAAGGAGUUUUAAUUGCGAUGAUGUAUGUUGGACAAGCUAUUGCAAUCGCCCCAGACUACAAUAAAGCUAAACUGGCCGCUGUUAGAAUUUUUAAUCUUCUUGAUAUAGUUCCCAGUAUAGAUCCCCUGUCUCAACAAGGAAAAAAAUUGAAUGAAGUCAAUGGCUAUAUUGAUUUCCAAAAAGUACACUUCAAUUAUCCAAGCCGACCUGAUAUAAAAAUCUUGAGAGGUCUUAAUUUAGCAAUAGAGCCAGGUAAGACUGUGGCUCUAGUUGGAAGUAGUGGAUGUGGCAAAAGUACUUGUGUGCAAUUGAUCGAACGUUUUUACGAUCCUUUGCAUGGGAAUUUAACACUUGACGAAGAAAACGUUUUAGACUUGCAAGUGGCUAACCUCCGAUCUCACAUCGGCCUUGUAUCACAAGAACCUGUCUUAUUCAGUUACAGUCUAGCUGAAAACAUUGCAUACGGGGACAAUUCUAGAACAGUUGAAAUGCAAGAAAUCAUAGAAGCAGCACGUCAAGCCAAUAUACAUACCUUCAUUUCUUCAUUACCUCAGGGAUACGACACACCAGUUGGUGACAAAGGCACGCAAUUAAGUGGCGGCCAGAAGCAGAGAGUAGCUAUUGCUCGAGCCCUGUUAAGAAAUCCCAAAAUAUUACUUCUUGAUGAAGCAACCUCUGCCCUCGAUGCAGAAAGUGAAAAGGUUGUCCAAGAAGCGUUAGAUAAAGCAAGUGAUGGAAGAACUUGCCUCAUCAUAGCUCACAGACUUUCAACAAUUCAAAAUGCUGACACCAUAGUUGUAAUUCAUAAAGGUAACAUUGUUGAGAAAGGCACCCACCAAGAACUUUUAAAUUUAAAAGGACAUUAUUACAAUCUUCACAAUACACAGAGUGGUGCCCAGUAAGCGAAUGUUAGUCAUUUAAUUUUCAACAUCCUACCUCUUACGUUAGCAAUUUUGUAUUGUUAAUAGUUCCUUUUCGUUUUUAAAACACUUAUGAAACAUUUAAACAAUAAUUUCAUGCUAGUAUAGUAUUGAAAAUUAACCUGUUAUUUGCUAUUCCUGUUUUUAUAGAUAAUAAUUACAUGAAGUUUUCCACAAAAAUAUGCUUUUUGGCAGGAUAGCAAAGUUGAUUAGUAUAAAAGGCAUCAGAUGAUAUAUGUUUUACAAUUAAUAUCCAUAAGUAAAAUUUGUUGCUUGUAUUUCAUAAAUAUCUAUUCUACACUGCGAAAAAUUCUGGAACAAAUGACGGGGUAAAGUACCAGAACUAAGGAUGCAUCAUCCGUAAAAUAAAUUUUAUUAUUAAUAUUUACUACUUUAGAGUAAUAUUUACUUAAUUAGAGUGUUUCAGUGAUUUUAAGGUAAUUAUUACUAUAAAAAUUAUGGUAUAUAAGAUUUUUUUUUUCAGUAACAUGUUCCGCUAAAAACAGAUGAGUGCUGGUUUUACCUCGCGUAAUUUGAUCUAGAAUUUUUACAGCGUAUAAUGAUUUUUUUUCUAUAUGAUUGCAGCAUUUAUAUAGUGUGCAAAGAUGUAGUUUUAAUGUAAAUAAUAUGUAUUUAUGUUUUUUAAUUAAUUUAAAAAUAUUCCCUGUUCGGAAUUAAAAGUAUAAGGUGCUUUAAAGAGAAAAAGAAAUCACGUUACAAAUAUUUAUAAUUCAUACCCAUAGUUUGAAAAAUAUGGAAUUUGCCAAAAUUUUAAUAUCCUUUCAUUAUUUUUUUCUCUGCAUUUAUAUAGUUGGGGAAGCAGCUAUGAACAUUAUUAAAGUAAAUAAAAUAUGUGAUACAUUUAAUUUCUUUUAAAAUAAAAACCCUUCUUUAAUCUCAGGUAGAAAUUACAUAGUGUUUUUAAGUUGAAAAGAGUAGUUGAGGAAAAAAAACGCAUAGAAAUAUUACUAUGUUACAUGCAUCUCAUAACAUAACUCAUUCAUUAUUUAAAAAAAGUACAAAUUUUUUAAAUAUUUAAUGGAUGUCCAAUUUAUAUUAACUUUUUCACUGAGAAUUGCAUUUAUGUGACAGCAGCGGUGAUGGUUUAAGAUUCAAUAAAAUAUGUUUCCUAUUUAAUUGACUUAAAAAAAAACAAAUAGAACUUUUAUCGCGUUUUUGGAUCGAAAAGAAUAACAUUAAAAAUGUACCAUGCACCAUGUGUUUCUUAUAACUGAUAUUCACAGAAUAGAAAAAGUACAAAUUUUUCACAUUUUUAUUUUAAUACUAAAUUUACUUUCACUAAUACUAAUUUUAUACAGUGUAUUUCUGCAUUGCAUGCAGUCUUUUCUGUAUUGUAUGCAGCAUGCUUCUUAACGACCCCUCUCAGUAUAUUAUAAUUUAAAUCGUGUCUAAAAUGGGCUUAAUAAAUAUACACACUGCCAGCCGCAAACUAAUAUUUAAGCAAAGAAAAAAAAUGCUAGCAAAAACUAACGAAUCAUUAGAGUUGAAGACGGAAAUAAAGCCGCAUAAAACUUGCUUGUCUACCGCUGAAAACGAAAAAGAGCUGAUAAGUAAUUAUCGGAGUAUAAUUUGCAAAUACAGAUCUCACUUAGUAAUCGAGCUCUUUUUGGUGUUUUUAACCCUGCAUUCUUCUCCACUAAUUCGUUAGCAUUUUUGUUUUUCUUGCUGAUUUAUUAAUUAGCGAUUCUUAACGUGCAUACUUUUCGGAAUGCAUUUCUGACGAGAAUUCCAAAAGUACAUAACAGAGGCGAGGAUUACAGAACAUCUGGUAAAUGCUACUGAAAAAGCAACGAAGCAGUUAUUACAUUAAAACAAGUAUUUUAUUGCGAUGUAAUAAUUCCAUUCAUGUGUAAUCAGUUUAUAAUUUAUCUCAUCGGACAAUGGAUGUAUUUAUUUGACAUGUAUGUAUUAAAAAUUGCAAUUGUCUGCUUAUUAUCCUCGGUGACAUAUAAUCUGCAGGAUUAAAUUUUAGCCCUGGUGGAAGAAUUCCAGCAGAUAAAUCGUAUCGCCGUAUAACUCGCUGGCUAUACGGCAAUAUAAUGUGGUUAUGAUUAACAAUGAAUUUCAAAGCCCCUCUCACCUACAAAAGCAACGUUAUGUAUGAGCAAAUAUACGUCCUGAAUGAGCCAAUGAGCUUCGGCAGGGAAACGGGUGAGCAGACACGUGAUCAUGUUUAUGGGGCAUUCACUGGCGAGUUGGGCAAAUAUAUUUCUCGUUCGCAUUUUCAAAUUCGUAAGCGUGAAUUUUUCACAUCCAGUAUGAAUGGCCUUUUACACUUUUACGACUGACGAAAAUCGUUGAAUUCACGAUGUUUGACGUCGAGAAGAUAAUUUCGACUGAUUAUUCGCCAUAACGUCACGCUUUUUGAUAAGGUAUCCGCGGAUUAUACACAGGAAAUUACGCUGAUGUGUAUAAACCAACAUUUCUUUUUUCCUUCAACUUUCGAAUUUUCUCUACAUGUGUUUCAUACAUGGAAUUGAUACACAUACAUUUACAAGUAUAAAAUUUGCAAAUGGCGUGUAAAAAACAUUCAUUCCCUACUAAUUUCUUUUUGAUAUCGAAUUGUAUGUAUGGUCUCAAGACGCUAUCUAUUUUUUUGGAAUCUACUAUCUAGUUUUUAGUCUUAAAUACACCUUUUGCUGCAAUACUUAAAUGCUACUUUUUGCUAUGGGAUGCUUUUUGCUACGGGAUGCUUUUUGUUACUUUUUGAUAAACGGAGAAAGUGAGAGAGAGAGAAAGAAA